AUGGGUGACGAGAUCUUCCCGGAUGAGGUGAUGGAGAUCCGCGUUCAGAUGACCAAGCGCUAUCAAGAGCGAGUCAAGAGUGAGAUCAAUGACGCGGGUGGUCUGAUGUACAUGGGCAGUGCUCGACUCAUCCAGGGAGCAGCUGCCUGA